ACAUGUGUAAAGCUCACCAUAGUUACUGUGAAACACCAAGAUGAAAUGAUAUGGAUGUCUUUUAUCCCUUUUGUAAAACUCGAUUAGUUGUUGUACAAAUCAACUAGAUUUAUAUUGUAAAAACGAGUUGGAUUACUUUGAAAUAGAAUUGAUCUCUUUACUUUAUCCUCCCCCUCCCCUUUCUUUUCCCUUUUUUUCUUUUUACAUAAAACUAAAAAAAAUGUCUUCCGAGUCACCCAUUGUUCAGGUGCCAGAACCCGAAGAAAACUAUAGCAGUGAUGACCUUAUCUACCAAGCGCAGCCUCAGCAAGACCAACAUGAUGAAUUAGACGAGUUUGAUAACCACGAUGCCAUUCCUCAAAAGUUAAAGUUGGAUUUAAGAGGCACACGCAUGGAACUCGAUCGAGACACACUUGUGAAUUUACCAGAAAGCUUACUCAUUGCCAUGUUUCCCAACGGUCUAGUUUUGGCUCGACCAUCUGAAGAAUACGAUGAAGAAGACGAAGAUUACGAUGGUCUCUCACGCCAUUCAGUAGGCGUAGAUGAACAAGUCAAUCUCGUUGAUUUCGACCCCGACUGUUUGGAGUAUGUCUUACAGUUUUACACUCAUGCUGCAGUCAUAAGGGAUCAAAACCAGCAAGAUGCAGAACUUCAAAGACUCUUAACUGCUUCAGCUGCUUCCUCACCAGUGUAUUACACUCUCUUAACAAAACAGCCGAUUAUCGUGUUACGUGAGGAAUUGGAGUACUUCUGUUUACCAACCGAAAAGAAUAAAGACGCUAAACAUUUGAAGUCUGCUUCUGGUAGCCAUUUAAAGCAGCAUGAUCAUAUAUUUGAUGCUUUACAAAAAAAUAUCUCCAGAGAAAACAAUAUUGCUGAACAGCAUUUGAUCGAUAUGUUGUGUGAUGCUGGUUUUAAAAGAGACGAUCGUUGGGGGUAUCGUGAGAUCGAACCUUUGAAAACUACCAUUGUUAGCAUGGCUUUGGUCUUGUUGAAAACUAUCGGUCCUGACAAUCACAUGGCCACUGCUCAAAAGCUCUUUUUAUUCUGGAGAAAGCCUGCUAGAAAGUGUUGGUGGGAUGGUAAUUCAGUAGAAUUGGAUGGUCAAACGAUACGUCUCUGGGCAAGGAGAACAUGGACGUUAGAAUUAGCUCUCGUAUAAAUAAUUCAUAUAAGAAAGACAAAAAAAAAAAAACUCCUUUCAUUAUUUCCCCCUCUUUUACUCCUCCUCUCCUGUUAAUAUGCCAACAGCACAAAACUUGUAAUAGUAUUUAAUAAAGAAAUCCUACGUAUUUUAUUUUAUAAUUGAUUCAAGAAAAAGUUAUAUAUUUCUUCUUCAUCUUCAUCUUCAUCUGUUUCUUCUUCAUAAUACAUCUUGGUUUUUCGAUUCUCAUCC